UGCGUCGAAGAAAUAAAGGAGCAUCUAGGAGUACUUAUGGCUUAAUAAAAUUGUGAAAACUUAGUAAUUGGAAGCAGGAUGUGGUACAUAUUAAUUAGUGUGCUGGCCUUUGUGGCUAGUAUUAGUGGAUAUGAAAGCGGUAAAAUUAAUAUUGAUUUACAGACAAUACCAUCAGUUCUGCCACAUGAUAUUUAUCCUGGUUUCGAAGUGAUGCAAUUUCGGACCGAGUUUAAUCAUCUUACCAGUUAUCAACUUAUUGAAAAUAGAUUCUCUAAAUAUUUUACUGUUCUUGAUAAUGGUAUUCUGAUGACUACCUCUAAUCUCUUACCUCUUGUCAAUCGACCUGUGUAUCUCAUCAUUUUGGAACAACUUUUUAAUCGUACUAAGAUUCAUGAACUUAAUCUCUAUGUCAUCAACCGGCAUAGGAUGCUUACAUUCUCACGUGACCAUCUCGGUGAAGGACAAAUUACUGAGAACGCUAGCCUAGGAAGCCUCAUCAAGGAUCUGCCUAUGUUUCAUGCUCGAGGAAACUUCCCGGUUCAUUAUAUUAUUUUACCGAACGAAGCUGGUCAACGACCUUUUGCUCUAGCUGAGAGCCAUUUUGGUCAGAUUGGUUUUAAUCUGACCUUACGGAGUUCUAAACAGACUAUGAAAUUAGUUACAGCUCAACAAUUGGAUCGAGAAAAAAAAGCCAGCCACCGAGUGGUUAUUCAGGCUUCAGAUGGUGAUUAUGUUAGUACGUCAAAAAUCGAAGGAUUGAUACACGUACUUGACGUUAAUGACAAUAGUCCUAUAUUUGAACAAAUACAUUACAGUUUUGAUGUCUUGCCUGAAAAUUUAAAUGAGCUAGGUAACUGGAGCUGUAUCCAACCUCAAUGGAAGCGAUUCUCAAGUAUAGGUCAGGUAUUGGCCAAGGAUGCUGAUGGUGACAGAGUGGCGUACAAAUUAUUGACACCAACGAAUCUCAUCGUUAUAGUACCACAAACGGGUGAGCUAUUGUUGAUUGGAGAACCAAACAUUGAAAUGGAUAUCAAUGUUGAAAGUGAAUUUUUGGUUGAAGCACAUGAUAUAAGAAUACCUAGCAGAAUAGGAAUAUCACCUGCGCGCGUACUUGUACGCUUUUUGACCUGUAAAUCCGAAAGGACCCUCGCCAAAGAAAAAAAUGAAAUACACAGAAUCGUCAAACGAAGAGUUACAAGAGCAGUUAGGCCAACUAAGAAGAUCGAAUUUACGGAAGCCGAUGGUAACAUCGAAGACAAGGUUGCAUUUAACUUAGAAAAGGAGAAUGAGCGAGAAACAUAUAAGAUAAGAGACAUUAAUAAGUGGGUUACCGUAAUGUCUAAUGGCACUGUUAAAGUUAAACAAAAAUGGGAUUAUGAAGAAUUAGGUCCUGAAAAAACGAUUGAUUUUUGGGUUACGAUUACAAAUUCAGGUUUUCAAUAUACUGACAAUCAACGUGUUAUUAUCAACAUAAAGGAUAUUAACGAUGAGCCACCAUAUUUUAUCAAUCGACCAUUGCCAAUGCAGGCUGUUGUGCAACUCAACGCUCCACCUAACACACAUGUUUUCACUCUUCAGGCACGAGAUCCUGACACAGAUAGUAAUAUCCACUAUUUCAUCGUACGCGAUCGAACUGGUGGCAGAUUUGAGGUUGAUGAGCGCUCAGGAGUUGUGCGAACGCGUGGUACAGAUCCGUUUCAACUUGACAUGGAAUAUGUUCUUUACGUGAAAGCAGAGGAUCAAAAUGGACGUGUCGAGGAUCGACGGUAUCAAUCUACUCCUGAAGAGAGACUAUCAAUUGUUGGUGGAAAAAGAGCACCUCAAUUCUACUUAACUGCUUACGAAGCAGAAAUACCAGAAAAUAAAAAAAAGGAUUCAGAUAUUAUAUCUGUGAAAGCUAAGUCAUUUGCUGAUAGAGAAAUACGUUAUACAUUACAAGCUCAAAAUCCAGGUGCUGCAGGAACGUUUAAUAUCGGAGCGACUUCUGGAAUCGUAAAACUUGCCAAAGAAUUGGAUUUCGAAGACCUUCGUCAAUUAAAUAUUUAUCAAUUAAUUGUCACCGCUACUGAAGAUUCGGGAGGCUUUUCCACGUCAGUUGAGUUAACGAUACGAGUAUCUGAUGUGAAUGAUAAUGCACCUAAGUUCGAAUUACCGGAUUAUCAAGCUCAUAAUGUAGAUGAAGAUAUUCCAUUAGGAACAAGUAUUCUUAAGGUUAAAGCUACAGAUGCAGAUUCGGGAAUGAAUGCAGAAAUAGAGUAUCUAGUUUCGGAUGAUCACUUUAGUGUUGACGCUAGUGGUGCCAUAGUUAAUAAUAAGCAACUCGAUGCUGAUAAUAAUAAUGCUUAUUAUGAAUUUAUCGUUACUGCAAAAGAUAAAGGCGAACCAUCUAAAAGCGGCACGGCGACAGUGCGCAUAUAUACAAAAAAUAAAAACGAUGAGGAGCCCAAGUUUUCGCAGCAAGUAUACACACCGAAUGUUGACGAGAAUGCAGGACCUAGUACUCUUGUGACGACCGUUGUUGCAUCAGACAAAGACGGCGACAACGUACGUUUUGGUUUUGUGGGCGGUGGCACGUCAUCUGGACAGUUCGUUAUUGAGGAGAUUACAGGCGUUAUUCGUUUGCAUAACAAAAAGAUUCUUCUCGAUCGAGACAAAUACGAGUUAAAUGUUACGGCUAUGGACGAUGGUGCUUGUUGUCUCAAUGGGGAGCAAAAUAUUCACACAAGUACGGCAGUCGUUGUCGUAUUCAUCACAGAUGUUAAUGAUAAUAAACCUGUCUUCAAAGAUUGUGGAACAUAUAAUCCAAAAGUUGAAGAAGGCGCAACGAAUGGAAGUCCAGUUAUCAAAGUUUUAGCUACGGAUGAGGACAAAGGUGUUAAUGGACAAGUCAAAUAUUCUAUCGUCCAACAACCAAAUCAAAAGGGUACUAAGUUUACUGUAGAUGAAGAAACUGGACAAGUCAUGACAAAUAAGGUAUUCGAUCGCGAAGGAGAUGAUGGUAAGUUUGUAUCAGUGACGGUUAAAGCAACGGAUCAGGGUGAGCCUUCAUUAGAAGGUGUUUGCUCAUUUACAGUCGAAAUAACAGACGUAAAUGAUAAUCCACCUCUUUUUGACCGACAAAAAUACGUAGAGAAUGUGAAACAAGAUGCGAGUAUCGGUACCAACAUUCUUCGAGUUUCAGCAUCUGAUGAGGACGCAGAUAACAACGGGGCAAUUAUAUAUUCUUUGAGCGCACCCAACGACGAAAAAGGAUUGGAAUACUUCGAAAUUCAACCAGAGUCUGGUUGGAUCGUGCUGAAAAAGCCACUAGACCGAGACAGGUAUCGACUGAGAAUAAGCGCCUCCGACAGAGGGACACCGCCCUCAUAUGCCGAAGUGGAUGUUGAAUUAGACGUCGUAGACAGAAACAAUAAACCUCCUGUGUGGGAUAGCAAUGUAUACGGCCCCAUUCACAUCAAAGAAAAUGUCACAGUGGGUACUGUAAUGACGUCAGUAAAAGCCAGCUCUGGCAUUGAAAAUAAUCCUGUCGUAUUUUACCAUUUAAUGCCUGGAUCGACUGCUCAAACUAACAAGAUGCACACAUUUUACCUACAACAACGAUCUGAAAAUUCUGUUACUUGGGCGGAUAUAAAAGUGAACCAACCCUUAGACUAUGAAAGCAUCAAGGAAUAUAACCUAACAGUGCGAGUUGAAAAUAAUGGAGCACAGCAGUUAGCUUCGGAAACAACCGUUUUUAUUAUGCUGGAAGAUGUAAAUGAUGAGAUUCCGUUAUUUACUGAACGUGAACAAGAGACGGUCUUGGAAGGUGAACCGAUAGGGAGUAAAGUCACCCAAGUCAAUGCUAUUGAUAAAGAUGGUACCUUCCCUAAUAACCAAGUUACGUAUUAUGUAGUAGACAGUGAUCGAAAUGAAGGGAAAGAUUACUUUGAAAUCAAUAGAGAGACCGGCGAGAUCUUCACAAAGAUUGUCUUCGACCGUGAGAAACAAGGAGCUUAUGCUCUUGAAGUUGAAGCAAGAGAUGGGUCACCGUCGGCACGACCAAACAGCAAUGGACAACCUAAUUCAGUUACGAAAUUUAUUCGAAUUGGAAUUGCUGAUAAAAACGAUAAUCCACCUUACUUUGAUAAGGGUCUUUACGAGGCUGAAGUCGAUGAAAAUGAAGAUAUUCAACAUACUGUUCUUACUGUUACCGCCAAGGAUCACGAUGAGUCAUCACGUAUUCGAUAUGAGAUUACAAGCGGUAAUAUAGGUGGUGCUUUUGCUGUAAAAAAUAUGACAGGAGCAAUUUACGUUGCAGGAGCGUUAGAUUAUGAAACAAGAAAAAGGUAUGAAUUAAGACUAACUGCAUCUGAUAAUUUAAAAGAAAAUUAUACUAUCGUCGUUAUUCACGUAAAAGAUGUAAAUGACAAUCCGCCUGUUUUUGAGCGACCCACAUAUAGGACUCAAAUUACCGAAGAAGAUGAUAGAAACCUACCAAAACGUGUAUUACAGGUAACUGCUAGCGAUGGGGACAAAGAUAGGAAACAUGAUAUUGUUUACUUCUUAACUGGUCAAGGUAUUGAUCCAGAUAAUCCAGCAAACAGCAAGUUUGAUAUUAAUAGAACUUCUGGUGAUAUACGUGUACUUAAGCCAUUGGAUAGGGAUCAACCAAAUGGUCGACCACAAUGGCGAUUCACAGUAUUUGCACAAGAUGAAGGUGGAGAAGGUCUUGUUGGAUAUGCAGAUGUGCAAGUUAAUUUAAAAGAUAUUAAUGAUAAUGCUCCACUAUUUCCACAAGGAGUUUAUUUUGGUAAUGUGACUGAAAAUGGAACAGCAGGCAUGGUUGUAAUGACAAUGACGGCGGUAGAUUAUGAUGAUCCCCAUGAAGGAACAAAUGCAAAACUGAUUUAUUCAAUCGAGAAGAAUGUUAUUGAAGAAGAAACAGGUUCACCUAUUUUUGAAAUUGAAGCGGAUACCGGUGUCAUUAAAACAGCUGUGUGUUGCCUAGACAGAGAACGAACACCGGAUUAUUCGAUACAAGUAGUUGCCAUAGAUGGAGGAGGUUUAAAGGGGACAGGCACAGCAUCAAUAAGAGUAAAAGAUAUAAAUGAUAUGCCACCUCAAUUCACAAAAGAUGAGUGGCUUACUGAAGUCGAUGAAACUGAUGGGCCAGACCUUCCAGACAUGCCCAUUCUUACAGUAACUGUUCACGACGAAGAUGAAACAAAUAAAUUUCAGUAUAAGGUGAUCGAAAAUAGUGGAUAUGGUGCAGACAAAUUUACCAUGGUACGUAACAAUGAUGGAACAGGAUCACUCAAAAUAGUUCAACAAUUAGAUUAUGAAGAUCAACUGCAGAGUAAUGGCUUUAGAUUUAGGAUUCAAGUUAAUGAUAAGGGUGAAGAUAAUGAUAAUGACAAAUAUCAUGUUGCUUAUUCAUGGGUGGUUGUUAAAUUACGAGAUAUUAAUGAUAAUAAGCCACAAUUUGAAAAAGCUAAUAUUGAAGCAGUAGUUCCAGAAAAUGCUAUAAUUGGAAAUACUUUAGAAACAUUUAAUGCCACGGAUCCUGAUCAAGGUGGGAAAAGUAAAGUAUCGUAUUCUAUUGAUAGAACUUCUGAUAGGAAACGGCAGUUCUUUAUUAAUGAAAACGGAACUGUGUCUAUCCAAAGAAGUCUCGAUCGUGAAGAAACACCAAGACAUCAAGUAAAAAUCUUAGCUAUUGAUGAUGGUAUUCCUCCGAAAACUGCAACAGCUACGCUAACUGUCAUUGUACAAGAUAUUAAUGAUAAUUCUCCAACAUUUUUAAAAGACUAUAGACCAGUUUUACCUGAAUUUCUACCACCACGAAAAGUGGUUGAAAUCUUAGCAACGGACGAUGAUGAUCGUUCGAAAAGUAAUGGACCACCAUUUACAUUUAGAAUGGAUCCAAAAGCUGAUGAUGUUAUUAGAGCUAGCUUCAAAGUUGAAAGUGAUAAUAAAGGCGCAAAUGGUGACGGCAUGGCUAUUGUUUCAUCCCUCCGAACAUUUGACAGGGAACAACAAAAGGAAUAUCUUAUACCAAUUGUUAUUAGAGAUGCUGGUCAUCCAUUGAUGUCUGGAACAAGUACUUUAACAGUAAUAAUUGGAGAUGCUAAUGAUAACAAAAUGCAACCUGGAUCUAAAGAUAUAUUUGUAUAUAAUUAUGCGGGACAGUCACCAGAAACUGAAAUAGGAAGAGUAUAUGUGUAUGAUUUAGACGAUUGGGAUUUACCUGACAAAAAAUUCUAUUGGGAUGGAGCUGAACAUGAUCAAUUUAAAUUUAAUGAAGAUACGGGUAUGAUUUAUAUGAAAUCGGGAACACAUGAUGGCAAAUAUUAUCUACGUUUUAGGGUAUAUGAUAGAGCACAUACACAAACAGAUAUACCAGCAAACGUUACUGUAACUGUUAAAAGUAUUCCACAUGAAGCCGUUUUAAAUUCUGGAUCUGUUCGUAUAUCAGGAGUAACUGAUGAAGACUUUAUUAGAGUUUGGAAUUAUAAAACGCAAAGCUUAUCUCGAAGUAAAGCUGACUUAUUUAGAGAUAAACUAGCAGUACUUCUUAAUAUUGAACGAGAAAACGUAGAUGUAUUUAGUGUUCAAUUAAAAAGAAAACAUCCUCCUUUAACCGACAUUAGGUUUGCUGCUCAUGGUUCGCCUUACUACAAACCUGUUCGACUAAAUGGAAUUGUUUUAAUGCAUCGUGAAGAAAUUGAAAGAGACGUUGGUAUUAAUAUAACUAUGGUUGGAAUCGAUGAAUGCUUCUAUGAAAAUGAAAUCUGUGAAGGUAGCUGUACAAAUACUUUGGAAAUCAGUAGCUUGCCUUAUAUGGUGAAUGCUAAUAAAACAGCUUUAGUUGGUGUACGGGUUGAUGUAAUCGCUGAAUGUACAUGUGGAGCUCGAAAUUUCAGUAAAAAUGAAUCUUGUAGGAAUAACCCAUGUUAUAAUGGUGGUCGUUGUUUAGAAGGACGAUUUGGUUUAAGUUGUCAAUGUCCAAGUGGAUAUAAUGGACCAAGAUGUCAGCAAAUAGCAAGGAGUUUUCGUGGUAAUGGAUGGGCUUGGUAUCCAGCCCUAGAAAUGUGUGAUGUCAGUCAUUUAAGCUUCGAAUUCAUAACGAGAAAAUCGGAUGGUUUACUUCUAUAUAACGGACCUAUUGUGCCUCCAGAAUUGGAUGAAAUUAUGGUUUCUGAUUUUAUAUCCGUUGAAUUGGAACGAGGAAUUCCUAGACUUCUCAUAGAUUUUGGUUCUGGAACAUUGGAACUAAAAGUUAAAACAAAAUUAACACUCGAUGAUGGCGAAUGGCAUAGGUUGGAUAUAUUUUGGAAUACUGAGACAGUUAAACUUAUAGUUGACUUCUGUAAAUCUGCUGAAAUAUUUGAACAAGAUGACGGUAAGGUUCCAGAAUUUAAUGAUAUCACUUGUCAAGCGCAAGGCACUAUACCGCCAUUUAAUGAAUAUUUGAACGUCAAUGCUCCAUUACAAAUCGGAGGGUUAUAUGUUGAACAAUUCGAACCUGAUCAAUAUAAAUGGAAAUAUAUGCCAGUUGGCAAGGGUUUUGAUGGCUGCAUUAAAAACUUAUUUCAUAAUAGUAAAUUAUAUGACUUGGCGCAUCCAGGUUUAUCAAGAAACAGUGUAGCUGGAUGUUCUCAAACGGAAGAAAUAUGUAAUAAUCAAGAAUCUACGUUCCGUUGUUGGGAACAUGGAACCUGUGUGGGAAGUUUUUCAGAAGCUAAAUGUCAUUGUAAUCCUGGAUGGACAGGACCUGGUUGUAUGAUUCCGACAGUACCAACAACAUUUAAAAUUCAAAGUUAUGUUAAGUACGCUCUUUCAUUUGAGCCUGAUAAAUAUUCGACUCAAAUUCAAUUACGAUUCCGUACAAGAGAAUUACAUGGCGAACUUUUUCGUGUCAGUGAUCAACAUGGUAGAGAAUAUGCUAUCCUUGAAAUUAAGGACACUCGACUUCGCUUCAAAUAUAAUUUAAAUAGCUUUAAAACUGAAGAGCGUGAUAUUUGGUUAACAGCAAUUGCCGUAAAUGAUGGACAAUGGCAUACUGUUAGAGUUUCUAGAUUUGGAUCAGCAGCAACGUUAGAACUUGAUGGUGGUGAAGGUAGAAGAUUUAAUGAAACUUUUUCUUUUGAAGGACAUCAAUGGCUGCUUGUUGAUAAACAAGAAGGUGUUUACGCUGGUGGUAAAGCAGAAUAUACUGGAGUACGAACUUUUGAAGUUUAUGCUGAUUACCAAAAAGGUUGUUUGGAUGAUAUUAGACUAGAAGGUAAACAUCUACCAUUGCCACCAGCUAUGAAUGGAACACAGUGGGGACAAGCUACUAUGGCUAGAAAUCUAGAAAAGAACUGUCCUUCUAACAAGCCCUGUGCUAAUAUAAUUUGUCCUGAUCCGUUAGAAUGUAUUGAUCUUUGGAAUCAAUAUGAUUGCACAUGUGGAGAAGGUAGAAUACCAUCACCAGAUAAUAAAGGUUGUAUGGACAAAAAUGAAUGUAUAGAUUAUCCUUGUUUAAAUGGAGGACGAUGCAUUAAUGAAGAUCCUCGCUUUCGGUAUCGAUGUAUUUGCCAUGAUGGAUUUUGGGGUGAAAAUUGCGAACUUGUACAAGAAGGACAAACUUUAAAACUCAGUAUGGGUGCUCUUGCUGCUAUUUUAGUCUGCCUUCUUGUUAUUCUUGUUCUUGUACUAGUAUUUGUAGUAUAUAAUAGAAGAAAAGAAUCACAUAUUAAAUAUCCAGGACCUGAUGAUGAUGUUCGAGAAAAUAUUAUUAAUUAUGAUGAUGAAGGAGGUGGUGAAGACGACAUGACUGCAUUUGAUAUAACACCUCUACAAAUUCCCAUAUGUAAAGCUAUUCCUGAAAUAGGAAAAUUGCCAUCAUGCAAAGUGGCUUAUCCAAUAGGACCUGAACAUAAUGUAGGGACAUUUAUCGAAGAUCACAAAAAUAGAGCAGAUAGUGAUCCUAAUGCACCUCCUUUUGAUGAUUUACGAAAUUAUGCAUACGAAGGUGGUGGUAGUACUGCUGGCUCAUUAUCAUCUCUAGCUUCUGGUACUGAUGAUGAACAACAUGAAUAUGAAUAUUUAGGUAAUUGGGGCCCUAGAUUUGAUAAAUUAGCAGAUAUGUAUGGUCGUACUGAGCAUGGAAGUGAAGAAGAGUAAACUACUCUAUUGUAACCAAAAACAAUUUCUAUAAUUAUGUUUAAAAGUUUUAAGCAAUCAUCGUUAUCUAUUUAUACAGUAGCGAUUUAUUAAAAAAAUUUGUUUAAUAAAUAAUUAUAAGUUACUAGAAACAUCUGAAAUGAAUAAUGGUAUUUUUGAAAAAGUAA